GUGUGUGUGUGUGUGUGUGUGUGUCUCAGGUUAACUGGUAGGCGUUAGUCAUGUGUGAAGGCACAAUCGACUCUAAGGGAGAUAAGGAGCCACCACGCCUCACAGGUCUGCCGGGGUUGCCAAAUGCAUCAAUGGGCAGUACCAUCCAGUAACUGAAACAAGACUCGUAGCAUCACCAAGGCUCCCCUUCCAUUCAUCCAUCCCUACCUCUCAGAAACUGUGGAAAUAAAGCAAUGGCAAACAACUUCGCCAGAAUUUUGUCCGGCAAACGAAAUGUGGGCAUUAUGUCAUUAGUUGGAGCCGGGUCUUUGACAGCGGCCUUUCUGCUCAACCGUGAACAUGUCACCGCCGGAGCGCAAGUACGGAGAGUGUACCCUGCCAGUGCGGACUACCCGGACCUGCGCAAGCACAACAACUGCAUGGCCAGCCACCUGACACCUGCCAUCUAUGCCAAGCUGGUGGACAAGGCCACGCCCAACGGCUACACUCUUGACCAGGCCAUCCAGACUGGCGUGGACAACCCCGGGCACCCCUUCAUCAAGACCGUGGGCAUGGUGGCAGGGGAUGAGGAGUCCUACGAGGUGUUUGCAGACCUCCUUGACCCGGUCAUCAAGGAGAGGCACAAUGGCUACGACCCUCAGACUAUGACCCAUCCCACUGACUUGGACUCCAGCAAGCUCAAGUCGGGCAAAUUCGACGAGCGCUAUGUGCUGUCGUCGCGGGUCAGGACGGGCCGUAGCAUCAGGGGACUGAGCCUGCCCCCGGCGUGUACCCGGGCAGAGCGCCGGGAGGUGGAGAAGGUGGUGGUGGACGCCCUGGCUGGCCUGAAGGGGGACCUGGCGGGGACAUAUUACAGCCUCACCCACAUGACAGACCAGGAGCAGCAGCAGCUCAUUGACGACCACUUCCUGUUCGAUAAACCCGUGUCCCCUCUGCUGACCUGUUCGGGGAUGGCCCGCGAUUGGCCAGAUGCACGUGGUAUCUGGCAUAACAACACGAAGACCUUCCUGAUCUGGAUCAAUGAAGAGGAUCACACCAGAGUCAUCUCUAUGGAGAAGGGAGGCAACAUGAAGAGAGUGUUUGAUCGCUUCUGCACAGGCCUGAAAGAGGUGGAGAGGCUGAUCCAGGAGAAAGGCUGGGAGUUCAUGUGGAAUGAGAGACUGGGCUACAUCCUUACGUGCCCCUCCAACCUGGGCACUGGGCUCCGUGCUGGAGUACACGUCAACCUGCCCAAGCUCAGCAAGGACCCUCGCUUCACUAAGAUCCUGGACAACCUGCGUCUGCAGAAGAGAGGAACCGGGGGAGUGGACACUGCAGCCGUGGGAAGCACCUUCGACAUCUCCAACCUGGACAGACUGGGCCAGUCCGAGGUCCAGCUAGUGCAGACGGUGGUGGACGGCGUCAACUACCUGAUCGAAUGUGAGAAGAAGCUGGAGAAGGGUCAGGACAUCAAGAUCCCUCCGCCGGUCAGGAAGUAGACUAACCCCCCCAUAGACUAACCCCCCCCCCCCCCUCCCAACUCCCAACCCAGAUAUACCUCUUCCUACCAACCUCUGUCCCAUCCCCAUCAGAGCCAUAGGUAAUGUGUACACAUCCAACUCUCUUUGAGAUGUCAAAUUUAAAUGGCACCAAACGUUUCAAGAUCAUUAUUCUGGUAGUCAUUGGGGCGUUUGGAGCCAAAAUGCCUGACAAGUUGGCUGAACUCUGCAUACCUAUAGCGCUAAUCCCUAUAAAAUUGUACGUAAUGGACUCCUGCUUAACAACUAAACCAGGUCUCUUUUUAAAAAAUAGACUAACUUGGCUAAAUAUAGGUUAAAUAAAUCAAAUUAACCUCCUAACCCUAAACUACAGCAUGUCCUAUACUCAAUGUGUCUACUACCAUUUAUCCUCUCCUGUAUAUUAUUGGGUGAAUGCCUAUAUGCUAUAUACCAUGGUAUUGUUGAAUGCUUGUUUCUGAUUGGCUUGAAGAGCAUUCUAGAGCGUGCAUUAUUUCUCUAUAACGCACAGUAUAUCAACACGGUACAAUUCAAAGGCUAUAGUUAAUUCUUACAUGUUUUGAGCUGCUUUUGAAAGCGAAAGUCGAAUGGAAAACUUAUUAGCAUUGCUGAAUUAGAUUUUCAUAAUGGCAAGCUAGUAACUUAGUGAUGGGUUUGGUUAGCUAAACGAGCAAGUCUGUUUGUUUGGUUACUACGACAACUACUGUAGCUUUCUAGUAAGCUUGUUAGCAACUUCCGUGGAUGUUAAUAAAACACAUUUCUACUGGAAAAUGAACACGCAUCUAGUGGAACAUUUGACAUUUUAGCCAUGGUACAAAAGGGAUAAUCAACACGGUGCUCUCUCUAUGCGUUCUCUGGAAAAUAAUGUAACUCCGUGGAAGGUCAAUGCCGCUCUUUGUAGCGCGUCGUGAAACACAACUUCCACGUCGUUAAUUGUUUUCCAUAGACCGCAUAGAGCACCGUGUUGAUUAUCCCUGACAUAAUCCAUCCAUUUGUGGUAGCCUACAUUCAGUGUAACCAUGUAGUGAUUGUUGACAACUUGAAUGUAGCACAACAGCCAUGUUGGACUGAUAAUAACUUGUAAGGGGUUUGUCUGUAUGCUGGGGUUAUUAGUAAGACACGGGUUGAACUAAGUCCUACUAAUAACUCAUGCUAAACUACUCUGCUCAGUGCUUGAUGAAGUACUGUAUAUAUCAAGCAGCAAUAUCAUUUCAACCCACCAUUGAAUGUCAUUCUCAAACAUAUUUUAUUAAAGAAACCAUCUGUUUAA